AUGUCUGACGCGAUCAAAACUGCCCAAGAGCGCCUCUCGGCUGUUGCGCAAACGCUUACAAAAGCGCUACCAACGGAUGGACACAUAUUCCCUGCUUUUGAUGAUUUGCCGAAGAAGGGCGCCAUCAACCUCCUUACCUCAGCAGUUGUGCAAGCUGCCUCGCGCGAGAUAAGUACUGGAGAACACAUUCAGCUUGAUUGGCCACUACAGAACGUACAAUUCCCUGGAUUUGGCCGCAAGGAGUUUCACCAGAAAAGGAUCGACCUUGGUUCGAUUGGCUUCAAGGGCAUGGACGAUGAGCUCUACAUCAAUACUCAGUCUGGCUCACAAUGGGACAGUCUAAAGCACUUCGCUCAUCAACCGACUGGCACGUACUACAACGGUCUCACUCAUGAAGAGGCAGUGAGUAGUGACACAAAUGGUACUCAUAACUGGUGCGAGAGAGGAGGCAUUGUGGGAAGAGGCGUUCUUUGCGAUUGGGUGAGAUGGUAUGAAGAAACGACUGGGAAAGCGCCCAGCCCCGUCUCUAGACAUGAGAUUCCCGUCGAAGAAAUCCAGAAAACCUUGAAGUGGCAACGAACAACAUUGCAACAAGGUGAUGUUCUUCUGAUCCGAAGUGGAUACGUGCGAUGGCACAACCAUGCCACCGAGCCUGAACGCAAAUCCGGAACACAAGAGAAUGGCAUCGCCAUUGGCGUACAAGCAAACGAGAAGACGAUCCGCUGGUUGUACGAUCAACAUCUAGCCGCGGUUGUUGGCGACACUGUAGCUUUCGAAGCUUGGCCGCCCAAGUUCGAUGAUGGAUGGUGCUUGCAUGAGUGGUUGCUCGUGCGUUGGGGAACGCCCAUCGGUGAGAUGUGGGAUCUGGAGAAGCUCAGUCAAAAGGCCCAGCAGUUGGGACGGUACACAUUCUUCUUGACGAGUGCGCCGUUACAUGUCAAAGGUGGAAUUGGAAGUCCACCAGGAGCUAUUGCUAUUUUCUAGUCAAGUGCAGAUGCACUUUUGUAGUCUUGCUUAGUAUGCUAUUUGGUGAGACGUUACUUUGUUCCACUGGCUCACACUGCAGCUUCCACGUCUUCUUUCUGUCCACUGAUCUGUGAUAGCAAAAAGAUGACAGCGAUACUUGAAUUCGCCUCUCCUCAACCACCUGACCUCUAGCCAGUGAGGACUCAGCCUCAUUGGAAAAACCAGCAAUGAAUCUAGCUGCCGAAACAAUCAUGUAUGUCAAAGCAAACAUAUUCUGUUAAGUCCGACCAUACAGGUCACAUGCAUUUUUAUU